AAAGCAUACGACAAAGCGUUUAAGGAAAGUCUUCGCAAUAUUAACGCUGGUCAAUCGAUCUCGCAAAUGCGUAGAAUUGCAUCAAAAUAUAACCUUAAUCCAGUGGACUGCAUACUUCCAAGAGGAACGUUCUAUCCAUCGCAUGUACUCGAUUGUUUUUGCAAUAAGCUCAUUAAAGAAAAGGUGGUCUUGAUUGUAUUUGUGACUGCUUCUGAAUCUUUCGAUCAUGUAACAUCAGCCAUCCAAUAUUUUCUAAGUAUAGCAUCUCAAACUGGCAUUCCUAUAAUUGCGUGGAAUGCUGAUAAUGCUGGAUUCACAUAUAUAAAGGAUUUGUCGAAGUACAGAAUGCUUCAAAUGGCCCCACCAAUCGAGCAUCAAAUACGUGCGAUGAUUGCAAUCUUAAAGCGUUAUAAUUGGUCAAAUUUUGGCGUGGUUACAUCAAAAAUUGCUGGAUCAUUCAAUUUUUUACAACUCGUGCAAGAAGCAGUCGAUGAAAAUAAUGAUCGAUCUUUUAAAUUAAGAGUUGUACAUCAUGAAGAAAUCGAUGACGAUGAAGGAACUGAGCAUAUCGAACAAAGGCUUGAUGCUUUGAAAAAGUCUGAGGCUCAUAUAUUUCUAUUGUAUAGUACAGCUAAUGCAGCCAGAAAGAUUUUCCAAGUUGCUAACAACUCUGGUAUGUUGGGUGAAAAAUACUUGUGGAUUGGAACACAGUCAGUGAAAGGGUCGAUGACUAGUGUUAGUCCACCAUUUCAACCUGGCAUGUUAUCAGUAAAUUUCCACACAGUGUCGAAUGCAAUGUUCCCUCCUGUGGAUGAUGUAUUGCCGUUGAUCAUUGGAACUGCUCCAAAGAUUUUUGGCUUAGCGCUUAGUAAACUUCGCCCAAAUGAAUCAUUUACCAUGCAAUCUACGUCAUCGUGCGAAAACGAUGCCAAUAGUACUUCAUGGCGUGAAGGAGAAAUUAUUUAUAGACGCAUGAAGGAAACAUUCGUAAAAGGAAAUCCUUAUCACACAAAAGACGGAUUAGAUUCAUUUUUCUAUAUGUUUAAUGAAUAUGGUAAACUAAAGGAUUCUUAUUUGACGAUAUCGAACUUACGCACUAAACGCAAUAAAGAUUCAAGGAAUGAGAAUUUGAUCUGGGAUAAGGUCGGAGAAUUUACAAAUAAUGAAUUAAGGAUAGCAGAUAUCGAAUGGCCAGGUGGAAAGGCGAAUCCGCCUCAAGGCACUGCUGAUAUUUUUCAUGUAAAAGUUGUAACGCUUCAUGAGCCUCCGUUCAUUAUCGUAUCUGAUUUGGAUCCUGAAACUGGUACAUGCCCCGGUAAUCAAGGAACAAUAUGUGAUUGGGGUAUUGUUGGACUUGAAAGUGGUGGAAUUAUAAGCAAUCGAACCUUAUACAAAUGUUGUUCUGGAUACUGCGUUGAUUUACUCGAAAAACUUGCAAAGGAUAUCGGAUUUACCUACACUUUAUAUAAAGUAAGGGACGAAAAAUGGGGAAUCAAAACGGAAAAAGGAUGGAACGGUUUGAUUCAAGACCUAAUUCUACAUCGAGCAGAUAUGUGUGUUACAUCAUUAAAGCUGAAUUCCGAGCGAGCAAAAGACAUAGAUUUUUCCAUUCCAUUUUUAGAAACCGGAAUCACUAUUAUUGUCAAAAUUCGUAGUGGAGUACUUUCACCUACCGCAUUUUUAGAACCUUUUGAAUAUUCAACGUGGGCAAUUAUAUUAUUUGUUUCGAUCCAAGGAUCAGCGCUAGCCAUAUUUGUUUUUGAAUGGGUCAGUCCAUACAGCUUUAAUAUGAAAAAAUAUCCUCCACCAGAGCAUAAAUUUUCGUUGUGCAGAUCUUAUUGGCUUGUCUGGGCUACUUUGUUCAGUGCUAGCGUUUCUACAGAUGUUCCGCGAUCAACUGUCAGUAGAAUUAUGGCACUGGUUUGGGCCGCUUUUGGGCUGACUUUUUUAGCUGUUUAUACUGCAAAUUUGGCAGCCUUUAUGAUCACUCGUGUUCAAUAUUACGAACUCAGUGGAAUUCAUGAUGAAAGGCUCAUUAAUCCUGAGGAUCAAAAACCUCCUUUUCGUUAUGGAACCGUUGAAGGUGGUAAUACACAUGAAACGAUGAAAAGAAAUUGGCAUCGUAUGAAUCGUUAUGUCACAUCGCAAAAUUUCUUUCGCGAUAAUAUUUCAAGCGGGAUAGCUUCCAUCAAAAAUGAGUUAGAGUUGGAUGCUUUCAUUUAUGACGCUGUUGUAUUAGAUUAUCAGGCUGGAAAAGACGCCAACUGUGAACUGAUAACAGUUGGAAAAUGGGCCACUAUGACUGGUUACGGAAUCGGCUUUCCAAAAAAUUCGCCUCAUCUACAAAAAGUAAACCAAUAUAUGCUCCAAUACCAACAAAAAGGAGACUUGGAACGCUUACAAAACUUCUGGAUGACUGGUGGUUGUUUGCCAGAUUCAAAUAGCCAAACACGGAGCACUCCUCUUGGCGUCGAAAAUUUUAUGAGCGCAUUCUUCUUGCUAAUUGCUGGAAUUGUUUGUAUAACAGUUUUGGUAUGCGAAUAUUUCUUCAUCUACCAACUUCGUAAACCUCUUCAACGAAUUGAUCGAAAAGGAUGGUGUGGAAUAAUUAGUAUGGAAAUGGCAAAAUCAAUUACUUUUCCGGAAGCUGUGAAUCGCGUCACAGAAUGGCGACAGCGCAAUUUGUCACUUGCACCAUCUUCCGCUAAUACUACACCAAUGAAGAAUAUUAAAAAAUGCACCGCCGCCUAUACGUAG